AUGGUCAAAGACUUCGUGCACCAGUCUAGCUACGACUAUUCGUGGUCUUCCUGCGUAAGGGCGUACUUCCUUCGAUAUCCGAAUCCGAAUGCAUCCCACGUCCUAUCGGUAGAUGUCAUCGACCGCAGAAUCGAAUAUCGCCCGGUCCGAAGCGGUCCUUCUUCGUCGGCUACCACGUCAUCCGUCACACUCGACGACCUCGACAGGCAAGCAGCACAAAGCGACGUUAUCCCUGUGCUGUGUACCACACGCCUGAUCCUCAAGCGCGGAAACUUGCCAAAAUGGGCACCGUCAGGGCUGAUGAAGAACGCAGAGAGCUACGUCAUGGAAGAGAGCGAAGUGGAGCUGGAUUUGCUUCCUCCUAGGAGCAAGACCACCCCCACACAGGGCGGAAGCAGCGCAUCGACACCGGCAGGGCAAGUCUCAUCGCCUCACUUCGAGACAGCAGGCCUCAAAGGGCGAACAAUGAAUGGAAGAGCGAUGCGUAGUUGGACACGCAACCUCGACCACACCACCGUGCUCGCCGUCACCGAAGGUCUCGUCUUCAAAGAGCGAUUCGGCUUCAUGCUACCGAAUCAGACUGACAAUGCCAAAAGUGGAGCCUCGGCAACUCAGCAAUCGCUGUGGCGCUCGUACUGUAAGACGCUGACGACAGCGCAGAUCGAAUCGCAAGUAAGCUUCGGAAUGCUUCGAAGGCGCAUCGAAAAGUUCGGUUUAGCUCGUUUCGUCGCACAUAAGGAUACAUCUCAGCAGGGCAUCAUGUGGACGCGAUCGCAACUGGGACAAGAAAGCAUCGCAGCGUCGGGUCCAAACACCGGCGAACAAGGUGUCCUCCAAAGAUCCUCGAUACCUCAGAAGAGAUUCAAGCUGCUCGAGUCACUUCGACCUCCAUUCUUGGACGGCUAUCCGCUGGGACCGUGGCAGAAGAUCAAGAUGUGGUGGUACUCGGGUCACUACUCUCAAGUCAAAGAGCUGCGCGAUGGCUACCUCAUUGAGAGAGACGAGGACGAGGACGAGGACGAGGCGGGUGGGACCAGACGCUCUGCUCAGCCACGGUCAUCAACGCUUGUGUCGGAUCAUGCUCAAGACACUCCGAUACGGUUCCGUGGCGCUGAACAAGAAGGUCCAUGGGCAGAGCUCAGCGGUCGAAAGGGCAAAGGUGCCGUCUACAGUGAAUCGGAUAGGAACGUCGAGGAAGGCGUUCUGAACAGAGUUCGCGCCCGGUUCGGCCUGCCGCUGUUACAGCCUCCCGUACCUGAUAUGGCGAAGCAGGGCGUGUUUGCAAAGGCAUUUGACAGGGCGAGCGUCAAGGUCAAGUCACUUCUUGGCUUUGACGAUGACGAGAUGCAUGCCAAGCAGCAGACGCAGGGAAGACUAGAGCGUAUUGACCGAGAUAGGACUGUCUAG